AUGACCAGUCGUGGAUCUGUUGUUACACGCGAACAACACGGUGAUUCUUUUCUUGACGAUGUGAUAUCGCGCUUUCGUCGUGAUGUAGACCGUGCAUUUUCUGACCUUUGGGGCGAUACAAAUCGUUCUUCUACGACAGGUACUCGACUUGGUGAUGGUGUUUGGGCACCCCGUGUCGAUGCGGAACUUCCUGGAAUUCCCAAAGAUAAUGUUUGCGUGGAUAUUCGUGGAGACAAUGUGAUCGUUAGCGGCGAAAAUAAACCAGACGAUACAUAUAAUACUGGAACUGCAUGGACACAAGAACGUCGCUUUGGUCGUUUUAUGCGCACCAUUCCUCUUUCUGUUAAG